AUGUUGAUAAGCUUCAUGGAUAGGGUGGUGGAUAAAGACACAAAGGAAGAUGCACAAGAGACGAAGGGAUGGAUGCCACGACAAAACCGACAGAUUUCUGCCAAGUCCGAUAGCUCAACCAAGACAGGGGACAAAGACGAACCAACCUGCCAGGCCAAGGUGAAACGCGCGGAUGCACCCGUGCUUGUGACAAUAGCAACGGGUUCAAGAAUCUUUCUAGCACGAAUGGCCACUGGCUGGCGUAAUGAGCACUACCAGCUCGUUGCUAGGUAUGUCACCAUUGCGCGCCGUCAGACCGAAGAGGUUGACUCGUGCGGCAAUACCAAACGCGUGGUCGUCAUCCCCAAACGUAACUGGCAGGGAUAUGCCUACGAUAUUCGAGCUCAGUGUAGUAAGGUUAUCUUCCUAACCCGCACGGCUUCAGCAACCAUCUGGGAUGUAGAUAAUGCGAAGAAAACGUAUGGACCGUUCACGACGGUGUGCCUAUACGGCAGGGGCUGGAUUAUGAUCAAAUCUCGGCGAGAGGGCAAAUGCUGGAGAACGCCACGGGAACAAUUAGGUUUUGAUUGGAAUGAGGAAUGUAGCUAG